AUGAAAUGUCCAAACACUGUUAAAGACUUUAGACCAAUAGCUUGUUGUAAUGUUGUGUACAAAAUUGCAACAAAGCUAUUGUGCUCUAGGCUUAAAGUGAUUCUUCCUGAUUUAGUUUUCCAAAACCAGGGAGGCUUCAUUAAAGGAAGGUUUAUUGGACAUAACAUAAUGAUAUGUCAAGAUCUUGUUAGGCAUUAUAGUAGGAAAUCAAACAAGGUUAGUUGUAUUAUCAAGCUUGAUCUUCAGAAGGCCUAUGACACUAUUGAGUGGGACUUUAUAGAAGAAAUACUUCAAGAAUUUCAGUUUCCUCAAUAUUUCAUUACUCUGGUGAUGAAUUGCAUGGAAUAUCUUUCAAGAAUUAUGAGAAAAGUUGGAGAGAAACAUGACUUUAAAUACCAUCAUAGGUGUGCUGGAAUCAAAUUAAAUUAUCUUGCUUUUGCAGAUGAUGUGCUUCUCUUCUGUAAUGGGGAUUUCAAAAGUGUCCUAUACAUGCUACAGGGCCUCAAGCUCUUCUCGAUAACCUCUGGCCUGCAGCCAAACCCCUCCAAAUCAGCUAUUUACAGCAGUCAUAUGUCCAAGACUGAGCUGAGUUCAAAAUCUGACUUUCACCUACUUGGGAAUUCCCAUCUGCUCUAA